AUGGACCAAGACCGCUUCACGGUGAACCCAUUCCCAGGACUACAGAUCCCGGCAAACGACCAGGCCCAAUUACAAGAGCUCGCCAGCUCUCUCCUGCAGUCCAAGAUCGACGACUACAACGCGUACGUCUUGGCGCAGCGCAGGAUCAAGGAGCGUGAAGGACUCGUCGCGUAUGCGGAGCGACCGGAGUCUUCCCCGGCCGGUACUGGUUCACUCUCGGGCUCAGGUCUGCCAAUGGUGCUGUGUGUCGGCACCAUGAAGGGCAACCUGAACGACCUCAUGUAUGGAGUGGUAGGCAAAGACUUGAAGGCGAUGCGCCUCAUCGCCUCGUACACUAACAACCUCAGUGCGGGUGCUGUGCUGGACCCGAUCAUCCAGCCGACGAUCCAAGACCGGUACCACACGCUAACGAUCAAGUGGAUGGAGCUCGACUUCCCCUUAGCGUCGACGAACCUGGUCAAGAACCGCGACUAUGUGUGCUUAGAAGGCACGGGUUUCGUCACAGCGCAGAAUGGAGAUCGGCUCGGCUACCACCUGCUGCACUCGGUCAGCUUUGAGCAGACGCCGGAGCUGCCCAACCGCGUGCGCGGCAACGUCUCGAUCAUCGGCAUGUGGCACCAGGCCGGGCCUAACACCAUCGAGAUGUACGGCACGGGCAUCUUCGACCCGUGCGGCGACAUGAUCCGCAUGCUCGUCGUGCCAGGCAUCGCCUCCGGGUUUAUGUCGAGUGUCAACUACGUGCACUGCGGUCAGAUGCGCAAGCUCUCGUUCAUGCUCGAGAAGGCGUACGCCGAGUCCAAACUGCUUGGAACGCCCAGCAAAGACAACGAAUGCGUGACGUGUUCGGCGUCGGGCCGGCGCAAGAGAGACUUCGCCAGGAGCAACAGCACCUGCAAGCUCUGCUUCGGCCACGUCGUCCAGAAGCUGAGCUUUGAGAAUCACGACCUGCAGCUGCAGAAGCGCAAGGUGACGUUCUGUACCAAGUGCAUCGGCUCGGUGGUGAGUAUGAACGCGAUGGACUGUGCGCGUGCGAAGGUAUUGGGAGUGCAGAAAGGUGGUGCUCGGUCUAGUAUCGGGACCGACGGCUCGAUGCGGAGUGGGGAGUUUCCCACCGAUCUAUCGUACGUGAGCAGCUCGUAA